AUGAAAUAUUAUUAUUUUUUUACCAGAGUUGAAAGCCAGUCCAUAGUUGAUACCAAUAGCCAAGAAAAUUGCAACACACUAAUUGAAAAAUUAAGUCUUUUUAUCGAAUUUCCCCAACUUGAAAAGGAAUGCCAAGUUGACUUAUUAUGCCAUUUGAAAAGCAUUUUGGAACCAAUUUGGGGUCUCGUAAUUUUGUUGAUAUUUGCGACCAACUAUGGGCUGAGUUUCAACCAAGAUACUUCCAGUGUGGGACGUAAACUAUUACAAGCCUGCUUAUUGUCAGGUGGAAGAGAUAAUAUAUAUUUAGACAAAGAAGAACCGCAAUCUAGGCCAUUAACAUUCGCAGCCAAGAUUCUCACCAACAUGCAAUUUUUUACUGUGAGAAAGAGCGUUGCUGCGACUACUUGUAAUUUUGAAGUGCUUUUUCUUGUGCCACCGCCAUAUGUGAUAGGUGUAAGAAUUGGUUCCGUUUUAAUCGAUACUAACAGUUUGAGAGAGUACUCUAUGAAUGGACUGACAGUAAUAGUACGAAAAGAAUACCCCAAUCCCGGGAUUCCCAUAAAAUAUAGAUUUUAUAUUCGAAACACGCAGAUAUCCACAAUUCUUAAUAUAAUUUUUGAGACUAUAAUUGGAAAUCCUGUCAGAACUUUGGAAGGAACAAUAUUUUAUGCAAAUGGAAUAAUACCAGGAAUUGCUCUUGAGAAUGGCUUCACUAGUCCCAAUACAAACCUUACCACUAAAAUAGCUAUAACUAAAACUAAAAUAACUUCAACUGAAAAGAGAAUACCUACAACUAAAAUAGCUACUGGAAAAAUCACAACCAAAAUAACUACAGUAAAUAUGAGAUAUACUACUAAAACUAAGAGAAAAACCCGUCGAACCAGAUCCCCUAGGACUACUAGAACACCCAGAACCACUAGAACUCCCAAAACAACCAUAACUCCAACAACCAUUAGAACCCCAAAAACUACUAGAACUCCAAUAACUACUAGAACGCCCCAAACAACUAGAACACCUAAAACGACUAGAACCCACAAAACUACUAAAAUCACUAAAAUUGCUACUAUACCAAUUAUUACUAGACCCAAAACUAUUAGAUCAGAAUCGACUAGAUCAAAAAUUUCAACCCACAAUACUACUAAAAUCCACAAAACAACUAGAACCCGAUCCCCAAAAACUACUAGAACCCCUACUACUACUACUAGAACUCCUUCUACUACUAGAACCCCUACUACUAGAACCCCUACUACUAGAACCCACAAAACUACUAAAACCACUAAAAUUACUAUUAAACCAAGUACUAGACCAAACACUAUUAGAUCAAAAACUACAACCCACAAUAUUACUAGAAUCCACAAAACUACUAAAAUUCGAUCCCCAAAAACUACUGGAACCCCUUCUACUACUAGAAAUCACAGAACUAUUAAAACCACUAAAAUUAAUAUUAAACCAAGUACUAGACCAAACACUAUUAGAUCAAAAACUACAACCCACAAUAUUACUAGAAUCCACAAAACUACUAAAACCCGAUCCCCAAAAACUACUAGAACCCCUUCUACUACUAGAACCCCUACUACUACUAGAACCCACAAAACUACUAAAACCACUAAAAUUACGAUUAAACCAAGUACCAGACCAUACACUAUUAGAUCAAAAACUACAACCCACAACAUUACUAGAAUCCACAAAACUACUAAAACCCGAUCCCCAAAAACUACUAGAACACCUUCUACUACUAGAACCCCUACUACUACUAGAACCCACAAAACUACUAAAACCACUAAAAUUAUUAUUAAACCAAGUACCAGACCAAACACUAUUAGAUCAAAAACUACCCACAAUAUUACUAGAAUCCACAAAACUACUAAAACCCGAUCCCCAAAAACUACUAGAACCCCUUCUACUACUAGAACCCCUUAUACUACUAGAACCCCUUCUACUACUAGAACUCACAGAACUAUUAAAACCACUAAAAUUAAUAUUAAACCAAGUACUAGACCAAACACUAUUAGAUCAAAAACUACAACCCACAAUAUUACUAUAAUCCACAAAACUACUAAAACCCGAUCCCCAAAAACUACUAGAACCCCUUCUACUACUAGAACCCACAAAACUACUAAAACCACUAAAAUUACGAUUAAACCAAGUACCAGACCAUACACUAUUAGAUCAAAAACUACAACCCACAAUAUUACUAGAAUCCACAAAACUACUAAACCUCGAUCCCCAAAAACUACUAGAACCCCUUCUACUACUAGAACGCCUACUACUACUAGAACCCACAAAACUACUAAAACCACUAAAAUUACUAUUAAACCAAGUACUAGACCAAACACUAUUAGAUCAAAAACUACAACCCACAAUUGUACUAGAAUCCACAAAACUACUAAAACCCGAUCCCCAAAAACUACUAGAACCCCUUCUACUACUAGAACCCCUAUUACUACUAGAACUUAUAAAACUCAUAAAUCCCACAUAUCACGAAAUCCUAUAAAUGAAGAUGGUACAGAUUGCUCGAUUUCUUCUUUCAAUAAUAUUCUAUCCUUUCCUCCCGACAAUAAACAGUCUUGCAAUAGUUUGCGACCCAAAUUGGGAACACCUGCAUCAUUCAAUAUUGAAAGAAAGAAAGAAAGAAAGAAAGAAAGAAAGAAAGAAAGAAAGAAAGAAAGAAAGAAAGAAAGAAAGAAAGAAAGAAAGAAAGAAAGAAAGAAAGAAAGAAAGAAAGAAAGAAAGAAAGAAAGAAAGAAAGAAAGAAAGAAA